GUUUUAUUUGCCUGGCUCACCUCUGUAUCGCAAGGAGACCUGCUCUGUAGAAGUGGCGUGUGCUUGCCAUUACCAAAUCAGAGCCACGUGUGUUUAGUUUAGACUAGUAAGCUUUGUUCCGACUCAGGCGGACAUCUCAAGUGUGUGAAGCUUGAUUAGAAUGGCCGACCAACGCUCGUGUCGACCCUGCGCCACUCCCGUUCGCAAUGAAACAGAGUUUAUGUACUGGAAAACAGAGAAGGUGACUGAGACGAAGAGAACUAUACUGUACGUGAAACGGACAGAGGACGGUCAAUUGUAUGCGGAGGAAGGUCCAGCUCCUCCCGACUCCGGUGUUUUCGCCGUGUCGACUGCGUCUGGUCCCGAAGAAGUAAGGACCGUUUUCCAGAAGGCGACGAGAGAUUCAAAAACCAGUGAUUUCCAACGUUGGCCGGAUUUUGUUGGAUCGCAGCUCAACAAGAAUUCCCCUAUCAGCGACCCUUCAUGGGAGUGGAAAGUGGAAAUGAUGGGUUUCCCCGGUUCUCCUGAGGACGCCUUAGGCGAAACCAAAUGGUACUUCAUCCAGAAAUCCAUUUCAGGCUCGGGCGAUGAGAACGCGCAACAAAGCCGCUUCCAUUCAGCGUUUGACGACUCAAUCGUUCUUGCCGUCAGUAGCGUUAAUGGAAUGAUUAUCCCUCUUCCGCUAGACCAAGCGGGUGACCUUGCGACCACUUUCAUAUUGGAAACUGUGUGAAAAAAAUGAAGCCUGUCUAAGCUCAGCUCUCUGUCUGUCUGUCGUCUCUCUGUAUGUCUGUCUGUCUGCCUGUUUCUCUAUCUGUCUGCCUGUUUCUCUGUCUGUCUGUCUGUCUGUCUGUCUGUCUGUCUGUCUGUCUGUCUGUCUCACGCUCUCUCUUGAUCCCGAUGUCUCCACAUAUGUAUAACCAUACUCACUCUUCAUCUCAUUUUUACGCCCCUUUCCUCAUCUCAUAGCUAUUCUUCAGCCUCUGUCCCUUUUUACUAUGAAUAUUGUGAAAAUAGCAUGCAGUCUGCAUGCUUGCCUGCGCAUUUCUUUUAGUAAACCUUUUCUCUACGGCAUGUUGAUAUCCCACAAAUGGCCCCAAUUUUGUCUUGCUGCGCCUUCCCUUUUUCAUCCAUCAACAAAUUGGAAUCUUGGCGAUAUGGUGCGCAGUUGCAAGCAAGUA